ACGUGUUGUUUGCGUCACACCACACGGCGCUGUCACUAUGGCUGGCGGAAAGGCAGUGAAAGUUUACCUGGAUUUACUGUCGCAGCCAUGCAGAGCUGUAUUCAUUUUCCUGAAAAACAACAAAAUACCUCACACGGUGGACUACGUGGCGUUGCGAAAAGGUGAACAGAGAAGUCCUGCUUUCACCAAACUGAACCCAAUGCAAAAAGUCCCUGUGAUGGAUGACAAUGGAUUUGUGCUCACUGAGAGUGAUGCGAUAUUGAAGUAUCUGGCAACAACCUACAAUGUUCCCGAUCACUGGUACCCAAGGGAGCCAGUGAGGAGAGCAAGAGUGGAUGAAUACACAGCCUGGCAUCACAUGAACACACGCCUGCACGCUGCCAAAGUCUUCAUCUAUGAGGUGUUAUUGCCAGCUAUGACAGGACAGCCAACAGAUGCUGGGAAGGUUGACAAGGCACUGGCAGAACUGGAGGAGACAUUAGACAAGCUGGAAAACAUGUUUCUUAAGAGACAGGCUUUCCUUUGUGGUGAUGACAUCUCAUUGGCUGAUUUGUUAGCAGUUUGUGAGCUCAUGCAGCCUCUGGGCGGCGGCAGGGACAUUUUAAAGGACAGACCCAAACUUCAAAGCUGGAAAAGCCGGGUACAGUCUGCACUUUCGGGCUCUUUUGAUGAAGCUCACAGCAUUCUGUACCGAUUAAGAGACAAGUCCAAAGCCAAACUGUGAAAGCCCACAUCUCUCUUUUAACAAUAAUUCACUUUCUAUAAAGAUAACAUUUUAAUGUUGUUAAUUUAACGUUAAAACGUGUCUACGAUUUACCUCAUGGGAAUUAAAAGGAUUUGCAAUUGAAACGUCUAAUUAGCCAAAUAUUAUGUUCAAGUAAUAUGAGGUUUGGAGUCAAUGUACAGAAUGCUAAUUUAUAUUUUUAACUAACUGUACAAAUUAUAACAGGCCUCUACACUACACUUACAUGAUUUCUGAAAGAACUCUCCUAUAUUUGCCCAUUUUCGGCAGUCUGGUUUGCCAAAUAAAUAAAUAAAUGUAGUUGUUUGUAGAAUUAUAUAAUAAAUGGAAUAAAAAAAUGUAAAAACAUUUUAUUGUUGACAAAGAAAUAUUUACAGUGUUAUACAGUGAGAAACAUUGGAUGCUAAAGUCAGGACAGAGAGUUUAAAAGAGCCACAGGAAUAAAAAGUGUUAAUAUUAAGCAGCAGGUUUCUUUUUGGAUGACGGUUCGCCUUCUCCUUCUUGUGCCUUACGUUUCUGUGAGAAAAAAAAACAUAAUUAAAAACAAAAUCAACACAAAAAUCAGCAAAUAAAAUGAAGUCAAUUAAUAAA